AUGAGUGCCGACCUGAAGGCCUUGUUAGAGGCUCAGACCGACAUCCACGGACGAAUGUCUCGCUCCGUGGAUAACCUCCGGAAGAUGGGCAUCACCAACAUCACCGCAGGUGCCAUCCAGGCUCGCCUCAGCAUCCUCGACAACCUCUGGGCGAAAUUCGAGGCUCAACAUGAGCUGAUACGAGCGGCGCUUAAAGACAGAUACAUGGAGAGUGAGUACGCCAAAAGUGACUUUGUAGACACCGCGGAAUGUACGUACGUUUCUCAGCGAAGCACGUUGAGCGACUAUGCUGACAGGCUGAGCGCCGAGUCAGGUGUCGCACACCGAAUCGAGCCGAAGUCGGAGUCUUCUCCUAAAACCGCGUUGCCUCGUAUAAAAUUGCCGCCGUUCUCAGGCGCCUAUGAAGAUUGGCCUUCCUUCCGGGAUCUCUUCUUGUCUCUCGUGGGAGAAAAUUCGUCGAUCUCAAACAUUGAGCGGUUCCACUAUCUUCGCUCCUGCGUCAAAGGAUCUGCGGAGAAGUUAAUUAGGUCAUUAACUGUCACAAGCGAGAAUUACGAUCGCGCGUGGGCAAUCCUGGCUAAACAUUUUGAAAAUAAAAGGGAACUCAUGCGUUUAAAUUUCUCUACCUUCUCUGCCGUCGGAAAGAUGAAGUCUGAGUCCGCUGAAGAGCUGAGUCGCGUCCAUCACGCUGUCACGGCCACCGUCAACGCGCAGGAGAGUAUAGGAAGACCCAUCCACUCGCAUGGGAUGGAUCUCCUCAAUCACCUGGUGAUUGAGUUGUUCGACUCGCGAACACGUCUCGAGUGGGAAUCUUCCACGAGCGAUUCUCUCGACCCGCCAACGCACGAGGCUCUCGUAAACUUCAUGAGCAAAAGAAUCCUUACCUUAAACGCCGCUAAACCGAAGAACGCCACGAAGAACGCUGGGGAAACCUCACGGUCCGCUAAGUCUCACUUCGUGAGGAACGGGUUCGACGCUUCCAAGUGCGUCGCGUGCAAGGGCAAGCACACACUCAUGCAGUGCCCUGAGUUCAAGGCCAAGUCCGCGAGCGAAAGAAAGUCAUUCGUCGACACAAGCGGGCUCUGUUUUAAUUGCCUCGGAAAUCACGUGAUGGCGAAAUGUCAGUCCGUCAAAACGUGCUUUACUUGCAAAUCGCGGCACCACACAUUGUUGCACGACGCGUACGCGACACCAACAUCGACACACGAGGCAAGCACUUUUUCAACCACACACACUGCACACGAUCACAAGGCGACUCUUCUCGCCACGGCGCGCGUCAUCCUCAACGACCGCUCGGGACAACCUCACGACGUGCGAGCUCUGCUCGAUCAAGGAUCCGAGGUGUCUCUCGUCUCAGAAGAUUUAGCUCAGCGCCUGCGGUUGGCGCGCACUCGCUGCUCAAUGUCGGUAAUCGGUGUUGGAGCACGGUCAGGAUCCACGCGCGGAAGGAUCACGCUCGUAUUAAAGUCCAAGACGACUGGAGCAUACCUCAGUGUAGUCGCCUACGUCCUUCCAAGGUUGUCUUCCUACCAGGGGCCAGCAGUUCGGGACUCCACCACGUGGAGGCACAUUCACGGCCUCACUUUGGCAGAUCCACACUAUCUGCAGCGAGACCCGAUUCAUCUUCUCCUCGGCGCCGAUGUCUUUUCCUCCAUCCUUCUCGAUGGACUCCGAAAGGGUCGCGAGGACCAACCCGUCGCGCAGAGGACGACUUUCGGGUGGAUCUUGUCAGGAGGCUGCGGAGUGGUGACAUCUAAUGGCGUCGUCAGCUCCCUCCAGUGUGCUCUCGACCAAGACCUGAACGAUCUGGUUCUAAGAUUUUGGGAGCAAGAACGGGAACAGCCUGCUUCCGUCGCCCUCACACCAGAUGAAGAACGAUGCGAAGAAAUCUUCAGUCGCACUCACGAGCGCCAAGGAGACGGGAGGUACCAGGUACGACUGCCGCUGGCUGGCUCUCUGCCACCUCUCACCCAUACACGAAAGUCCGCCGAGCGACUUCUCGCGGCAAUGGAGCGACGUCGUUCCAGAGACGAUGACUUCGACAUGCUCUACUGCGACUUCCUAGAAGAAUAUGCUAAAUUGAAGCACAUGACUUUGAUCAAUACACCGCUUGUGAGCAAUACACCAGUAUGCUACUUACCGCAUCACGGAGUGCUCCGAACUGCGAGCAAGACCACCAGAUUGAGGGUUGUCUUCAAUGGAUCCCAAUGCACGCCUGCCGGAGACUCCCUCAACAAGAGUUUACUGGUCGGAGCCAACCUUCUACCAACUCUCGCUGAUGUCCUGCUUCGCUGGCGUUGGCACCGUUUCGUCUUCGUAGCUGACAUCGAAAAGAUGUACAGGCAGAUUCUCGUGCACCCCGAAGACCGAGACUUGCAGCGGAUCCUGUGGAGACGGCAAGGCACCGACAACAUCCAGGAGUAUCAGCUCAACACCGUGACGUACGGAUUGGCCUGUGCUCCUUUCCUGGCGAUCAGAACUCUUCGCCAAUUAGCCGACGACGAAGAGCCCGGAAAUCCCAAGGGGGCUGUAGUUCUGCGGCGCGACUGCUACGUUGAUGACAUCGUCACCGGUGCCAGUACUCUGUCGGAGGCAGUCGAAACGCAGAAGCAGUUACGCCGGCUCUGCAUGGCGGGCGGGUUCCCGUUGAGGAAGUGGGCCUCAAAUCACGAGACCAUCCUCGAGGACAUCCCAAGGGAGCAUCAACUCCAGCAGCCUCAUCACGACUGGGAGGACGACGCUCAUCCAACGCUGGGCCUGCGAUGGCACCCCCGCAGCGACUUCUUCACGUUCCGCCUUCAGCCUCGCGCAACUGGACCGUUGACGAAGCGACAGGUCUUGGCAGAGACGGCUCGGAUCUUCGACCCUCUAGGUUGGUUAACUCCAGUCGUUGCUCGUGCCAAGAUUCUCAUUCAGUCAGCCUGGAUGAAGCACCUGGAUUGGGACUCCCCACUGCCUAAGACAGAUGAGACCUUAUGGAGACGCCUCCUUGACGACCUUCCGCUGUUGGAGCAGCUUCGGCUAAAACGAUGGCUGAAUACUGACGAGCGGCCACAAGUUGAGUUCCACGGGUUUGCUGACGCAUCGGAGCGAGGUUACGCAGCAGCCGUCUACCUCCGCGUGGCGGGCUCCUCCGCUUCAAUCAGUAGUCUGCUUGCUGCAAAAAGCAAGGUUGCACCCAUUAAGCCCGUGUCUCUACCGCGUUUAGAAUUGUGCGCCGCAGUGCUAGUCACUAACCUGACUUCCCAUCUCCGCAAGACCUUAGGCUUGGUUUCAGCUCCAGUCACCUUAUGGUCGGAUUCCCGGGUGACUCUCCAAUGGAUCCAGGGUCAUGCCUCCAGAUGGAAGACUUUCGUGGCCAACAGGGUGUCCCACAUCCAGACGAAGCUUCCAGAGGCACGAUGGCGACACAUCCCAGGACGAGUCAACCCCGCCGACUGCGCUUCUCGAGGGAUUGAGCCACGGGAUCUUCUCAACCACUCUCUAUGGUGGACGGGACCCCCAUGGCUCGUCGAGGAUCCGUCGCUCUGGCCACAGAACGACCACGCCACCCACGACGUCGAGGCGCCGGAGACGCGAGCAAUCACCUCUCACUUGACGUCUGCACGGAGGACCGAACCGGAGAUGCUCAUCAGGUUCUCCGACCUCCAUCGCCUCCUGAGAGUCACAGCUUGGUGUUGCCGAUGGAGAGGCAACCCACCGAGCUCCAAGGCUCACCUCAACCUCACGGCCGACGAGUUGGAGGCGGCUCUGCUCCGUUGGCUCCGCUUGGUGCAAUCUCACCACUUCUCCAAGGAGAUCACCGCUCUAAAACAGAAAAAAGGGUUAGUCAAGAGUCAGCUAGCUAAUUUGACCCCCUUCCUCGACAUCCAUGGAAUCCUUCGAGUUGGGGGCCGGCUGAAGCACGCAGUGCUCUCAGAGGAUGAGCGCCACCCAAUCAUCGUACCUUCAGAUUCGUGGCUGACACAUCUUCUCGUCAGGGCUCACCACAGACGAACUCUCCACGGCGGGGUCCAGCUCACUCUCAGCCUGCUCCGCCUACGGUAUUGGAUUCCUCGAGGUCGCUCCAUCGUCAAGAGGGUCAUCCACCGAUGCGUAACGUGUGCAAGAUGGAAGGCUGCAGUGCCGCAGCCCAUGAUGAGCGACCUUCCGACGGCGCGAGUCGCUCCAGCACGUCCAUUCUUGCGGACUGGAGUCGAUUACGCCGGGCCGAUCCUGAUCCGAACCACCAAGGGGAGAGGACACAAAUCGCUCAAAGGCUUCAUCGCCGUUUUCAUCUGCCUCACUACCAAGGCCGUACACCUGGAAGCCGCGUCGGAUUAUUCCACGGACGCAUUCCUCGCUGCAUUCCGGCGCUUCACUUCCCGUCGGGGCCUCUGCGAGGAGGUCUACUCGGAUUGCGGCACAAAUUUUGUCGGCGCCAACCGAGAAUUGCGACUCCUGUUCCAGGCGUCGUCAUCCGACGGCCGGCGCAUCGCCCACACAGCAGCGUCCAAUGGAAUACGGUGGAGAUUCAAUCCGCCGGCGGCACCUCACUUCGGCGGGCUUUGGGAGGCAGCGGUGAAGUCCACCAAACACCACCUGCGAAGAGUUCUAGGCGACACGACCCUCACCUUCGAGGAGAUGUCGACAUUCCUCGCUCAGGUGGAGGCGUGCCUCAACUCUCGUCCACUUCAGGCGCUGUCCGAUGACCACGACGACUUAACGGCGCUCACUCCGGGUCAUUUUCUAAUCGGGGCUCCUCUGCUGGCAGUGCCCGAACCUUUGCUGGCAGACGUCAACGUCAACCUCUUGUCCCGCUGGAAACUUCUCCAACGGAUGCGCGACCACUUUUGGGAAAGGUGGUCGCGGGAGUACAUCAACUCACUGGCUUCCCGACCAAAGUGGUUGAAGGACACAGCAAGUCCCGCCGUCGGCGGACUGUGUCUAGUGCGGUCGGACAUCACUCCACCAACCCGAUGGCCACUCGCUAGGAUCACCAAGCUGCAUCCUGGGGACGACGGCGUGACGCGCGUGGUCACUGUACGCACCGCAUCUUCGGAGCUUGUCCGGCCUCUCAUCAAGAUCGUCCUCCUGCCUGGAGCCGACACCGCAGCAUCAACACGCCCGGAUUCGUGA